AUGUCCUCAAGUUAUAGCAGUUUAGAUGAUGGAUCAUUCGAGUUCCAUGAUGAUUCGUCCUUUGAUAGUGGAUUCGAGAAGACAUUCGAAACGGAAUUCAAUUAUACUCCAAGGAAGCUCUUCUUCGACGAAAUACAAUAUGACCAGACCAAACUAAGUCCGCAAAGUACCCAUACUAAAAGUUCAUCUGCAGAGGAAGCUUUUGCACCUAAAAUCGGCGUACAGACAUCAACUCCAAAGAAAACAGAAGCGAAACCUAAACGAAAAUAUGCUGUCGGUCAGAACCGGAUGACGCGGGCUCGAAGCCCAACACAAAUCUUAAGAAUAAAGAAACACAGACGAAUGAAAGCGAACGAUCGUGAACGAAAUCGAAUGCAUACAUUGAAUGAAGCAUUAGAGCGACUGCGGUUGGCCUUACCAACUUUACCAGAAGACACAAAGCUGACAAAAAUUGAAACCCUAAGGUUCGCGCAUAACUACAUAUUCGCCUUGGAGCAAGUCUUAGAAAGUGGCGGCUCAAUACAUCUGGAUCUAGAAAAACUACAAAGUGUCACCCUUAGUGGAGAACGAUUUACGAAAGAGUUGUUUGAUGCGGUUUUCUUAAACCCGAAUCCUUAUCAUCCAAUGGGGCCUGAAUUUUCUUCAGGCGAUUUAUAUAGUAGUAUGAGACAAUACGGGAUAACGAUGCAAGAGUCAGCUACCCCAAAUGUUAAUUUCAACCAUCAGAACUAUCAGCUUUAUAAAAGUACCUUCGAAGCAGCUUUAAAUUCAGGAUAUACACCAUCGCAAACAAGCAGCGGAUACCACGGACAUCCAGCUGUAAAUAGGACCAGUGGGAACUACCAUCAGCAACAUCAUCUUCCUAGCCAAUACUCAACAGGAGAAACAACUCCAAAAGCCCAACAACCGUUGGGAUAUCAUCAGAAUAGCAGCUUUUAUACACAGACGCCACCCUGGAAGGAUUUUAACGAACAAAUGGUUAAUACCUACGAUCAAUAUCAUCACUUUUAG